GGAGCCCGGCCAUGGAGGCAGCGGCAAAGCCGGAGGAGCUGAGCCCGGGUGCCCCAGGGGAGCCGCCAGGGCCCGAGGUGCUCGACGGGCCCGGGGAGCCCGCGGAACCGCAGCCCUGCGAGCCAGAGAAGCUGGGGCUGGAGGAGAAGGAGCCGUCGGGGCCCUCGGAACCGUCAGAGCCAGAGGUCGCGGCGGGACCGCCGGGGCUGUCGGUGGCCGAGCCAUCAGCCGGCGGUGUCGGGGCGGAGGAGUCGAGCAGCGAGGACGAGUCGGCGGGCGCAGCGCCUCCCGCCGCGCCGGCUGAGGAACCCCUGGCUCCCCCGGCCCCGGCCGUCCCCGGCGGAGCCGAGCAGGGGGGCGGUCAGGAGGACUCCGCGGAGGAGAACGAGGAGGAGCGGCAGGAGCGGGACGAGCUGCUGGAGCAGUACGGGCAGCUGUCGGGCGAGCGGGACCGGCUGCGGCAGGCCAGCUCCCGCCUGCAGAUGCGGCUGGCGCAGCUGCUGCGGCUGCGGCAGGGAGCGCGGCGGCCCCGGGCGGAGCGGGGCUCGGCGCAGCUGUACGGGCAGCUCCUGCGACGGCUGCAGGAGCUGCGGCAGCAGCGGGAGCUGGUGGCCGCUGAGUGCCGAGGCCGGCUGGAGAUCCGGGAGAGGGCCGGCGAAGAGCGGCAGACCCGGGCCCAGGCCGAGUGGACCGUCUUCCAGGCCCGCAAGAAGGCGGUGACCGUGUCCAGCCUCUGCCGGCAGCUGGGCGGCGAGGCGGCGGCGAAGGCAGCGGCACACAUCCAGGACAGGGAGUGGGACAAGGAACAGCGAGUGCGGGAGGCCCGUGUGGAAAACAUCAAGCUGAAGCAUGAAAUCCAAAACCUUGAAGCCACCUUGAAAGCUCAGGCAGAAGAGGCGGAGGGUCAGCCUUUUGUGGACUUAGAGCAAAUGAAGAAAGAGAAUCAGAAACACAGCAAAAGGGUUGAUGACCUCAGUGAUGAAAUCCUGAAGCUCAAAAAGAAGGUAGCAAAUGCAGUACAUAUUCUCAGCCAGUUCAGGGAAAAACUACAGUUUGUGGAAGCCGAUAAUGCAGGCAGAAAGGCUGAACUGAUGGACAUCGAGACCGACUUGGCACAGAAGAGAGACGUUCUGACCAAAAGCAAACAGGCCAGAGACAGACUGCGGAAACUCAAUUUGAAAUUGCAGCAGCAAUGUGGGUUGCUUGGAAAUGAGAUAUUGCUUCGGGACUUUGAGGAGAAGGUGGAUGCUGAAGAGCUGCUACGUCAGCAAUUAGAAACACUGAAACGUCACCAUGCUGGGCUAAUUGUUACUUGUAGGGGAAUUCAGAAAAAGAUUAAGAAAGCCAAUUACUCUGUUCUUGCUGAGGACAACUGAAGAACAUAUGGAAAAGAAAUAAACAAAGGAGUUUUCUAUCAUUCCCAUUUUUAACAUGCUUCUCUUUGGUAACACCUGGGGAAUAUACUACACCACACUCCUGAAAAAACCUUUUCUACAUGAUGUGUCGGUAUUCAAUGCAUUCAAUGAAGAGAUUACAGUAGUUACUUAUUUUGGAUGAAGCCAUAUACAUAUGCCUAACUUAAACAAACAAAAAGCUACAGCCAAAAGCCUACCCUGUUAGAAAACCAUCUUAGCAUUCAGUUCCUUAAGAUCAUGGCAAUACUGUUUAAGCAGAGCACUCACCACACCCUAAGUCCACCCUCUCUGCGAAUUUCAGAAUAUAUCAACUUCAUGUAUACAAUAAAGACACCUGCCUCUGGGUACACAGGGAGGGGGAUUUUCAGAGAUGUGGAUGAGAAGUGGAGAGCAGCUUAGUGUCAACACCUGACAUGACUCACAGCCACUGCUACAGAAGCACGGAACCACUCGCCCAAGUUUGCCUUGGUGGUGCACAAGAAGAAAGGUUAAUUA